AGGAAGUGGAGGCCGGACGUGGCCGUUGUCAUGGCGGCGGAGGAGGAGGAGGAGAAGCGCUAGGCCGGGCCUGAGGAGGAGAGAGCGGGGAGAGGGAAAUCUCGGCUGCGGGAACGCGGGGAUCCCCUGGCAGCGCUGAUCCUCGGCCGGUAGCGCACACAGGCUCGUUCCUCCCGUUCGGUUUUGCGGAGCCGCCGGGAUGACGCAGGCGGAGCUGCGGCUCUGCUCCCUCCUGCUCCGGGAGCACUUCGGGGAGAUCGUGGAGAAAGUCGGGAAUUCCCUGCUGCGGACGGGACCGCGGCCGCUGCGGCUCCUGGUGGGGGACACGGGGCUGCUCCCGGACCAGGUGAAGAAAGCCCUGUGCGUGCUGCUGCAGCACGGCCUGGCGCGGCACGAGGCGCGGCCCCGCGGGCCCGUGGAGUACGAGGCGCGGCGCGGGCGCGUGCUGCGCCUCCUGCGCUACCCCCGCUACAUCUACACGGCCAAGGCGCUCUACGGCGACGCCGGCGAGCUGCUGGUGGAGGAGCUGCUGCUCCACGGCCUCCUGCCCAUGAGCAGCGCCGUGGCCAGGGUGGCCGAGCGCCUCGCCGACAGCCUGGCAGACGGAAAAUCCGUGGAUUUCUCCGAGGUGUCGGACACCUUUGUGCGCCUGGCCGACACCCACUUCAUCCAGCGGUGCCCCGGGGCGCAGCAGCACCCCGAGACGGCGGAGGAGAAGGAUUUGUACCUCGUGCCACGGCUCGCACUCGUCGGGAAGGGGAAGCGCCGACGCUCGUGCGACGAGGAAGAGGAGGGGCAGCACCCGGCCAAGCGGCAGAGGCACGAGGGAGGAAGAGCAGAGCCUCCCCCGGAUGAUGGCAUUUACUGGCAGGUCAACGCCGAGCGUUUCCAUCAGCAUUUCCGUGACCAGGCUCUGGUCAGCGCCGUGGCCAGCCGCAUGGACCAGACGGGCAGCGAGGUCGUGAGGACGAUGCUGCGCAUGAGCGAGGUGACCACGGCCUCGGGCGCGUCCCACACUCAGCCCCUCUCCUCCAACGAGAUAUUCCGGUCUCUCCCGGCCGGGUACAACAUCGGGAAGCAGGUGCUGGACCAGUACCUGGCGCUGCUGGCCGACGAUCCGCUGGAGUUCGUGGGGAAGUCGGGGGACAGCGGUGGCGGCACCUACACCGUCAAUCUGCACAAGGCCCUGGGGUCCCUGGCCACGGCCACGCUGGAGUCCGUCGUGGAGGAGAGGUUCGGCUCGCGCUGCGCCCGGAUUUUCCGCCUGCUGCUGCGCAAGAAGCACCUGGAGCAGAAGCAGGUGGAGGAUUUCGCCAUGAUCCCGGCCAAGGAAGCCAAGGACAUGUUGUACAGGAUGCUCUCCGAGAACCUGGUGUCCCUGCAGGAGAUUCCCAAGACUCCGGACCACGCCCCGUCUCGCACCUUUUACCUGUACACGGUGAACGUGGCGGCCGCCGCUCGCACGCUGCUGCACCGGUGCUACAAGAGCGUGGCCAACCUGAUGGAGCGGCGGCAGCACGAGAUGCAGGAGAACAAGAGGCUCCUGGACAAAUCCCAGCGCGUGGAAGCCAUCCUGGCCUCCAUGCAGGCCACGGGCGCCGAGGCGGCGCAGCUGCACGAGGUGGAGGAGAUGAUCACGGGCCCCGAGCGGCAGCAGCUCGAGAGCCUCAAACGCAACGUCAACAAGAUGGACGCCAGCGAGAACCAGGUGGACGAGACCAUCUUCGUGCUGGAGUCGUUCAUCGAGAGCACCCUGAGGAGGCCGUGAGGGAGCAGGGCGCCGAGAAGGGGGGUUCUCACGCUGAGCGGAGCUGGAAGGAAGGGAGGGGGAUUUUUAUUUGGAUCAUCUGGUUUGUGUAGAUUUUAGGCAGGAAUGCGAGAAACAAUUCUUUGUUGAUGUUGU